AAGUACAGACUCUGUGGCUGCAGCAGGACGUUUCAGAAUGGUCCCGCUCCCGGUCGCCGUGGAUAGGUUCUGGCAGGUUCAGGCCCUCUGCGUCUCUCCCAGGGCGAAGAGGAUUUGUCACCAGUAGUCCAACAGAAAGCCAUUUGAAACGCCAGAUCUGCUCCAGCACACCAACCGUGACAUCAUGGCAUACAGGAAGGUGUGUGACGCCCAGGGUGGGCCACUGGUCGGUGAAGUCCUCCACUGCUCUGGAGGUCUGGAUCUGGACUGGGACCUGGACAAGGAGGAGCUACAGGAACCAGGACCCAGCAUGGACCGCAUGCAGAUGCAACAUGUAGACUGCCAGCGAUCAGGGUGUUCAGACCCCGGCCCUGACCCCGACCCUGAGCUGAUGGAACCCAUCCAGCCGUCCGUCUCAGUCUCACCACAUGGACGAUUUGAACGACUGCAGGAAGAUCCCAACUACAUCUCCCACUUCACCAGGGCUCCGGGCCAUAAGGGGCAACGACGACUCCACUGUUUCCUGCUCAGGUACUUCCUGGCAGGGAUGGGGCUUUUUGUCCUCGGUCUACUGAUUGGCUGGUUCGCUCACACACCUGCUGUCAAACCACCUGUACCCCCAUCUGACAGCUCAGACCUGCUGGAGGAGCUGCUGAGAGGAAUCACAGCCAACAAGAUAGAUGCUAUUCAGAGGUCUUUCUCCAGCCAAUCAGACGACAGUGAGGAAGCCAGAGCCAGGUACCUCUACAGGCAGUGGGUGGGACUCGGUUUGACUGACGUCCGUCUGUCCAAUCACACGGUUCUGCUCAGCCUGCCUGGCUCCACACCCAACACCAUCACUGACAGGUCCAGUCACCAGUGUUUCCUGCCCAACGGGAUCCCCUGUGACCAGCGUGGACCGAAUGACCUGCCGAAGCAGCGCUUCUCCUACGCAGCUUACUCUGCCGUUGGAAGUCUGCAGGGGGAGGUGGUGGAUGUUAAGUACGGCAGCGUGGAUGACCUGAGGAGAGCCAAAGACAGCCUGAACCUGACCAACCAGAUUGCUGUGGUCAAGCUUGGCCAAGCACCUUUGCUCUACAAGCUAUCCCUGCUGUCCGAGCUCGGCUUCGGCGGUGUCCUGCUCUACAUCGACCCGUGUGACGCCCCCCCUGGCCGCCACAUCUCGCAUCAGGCCUUCAGAGUCACUCUCAACCCAGGAGGAAACCCUGCCGUCGGUGAGGUGUCAAGAGAGGCUGGAGGAAGUCUGACAUCUCUGUUGGUUCAGCCCAUCUCCGCCUUCCUGGCCAAGACCUUGCUGUCCUCUUCAUCUGCAGGGCAGGGAGACUCCUGUGUUCCUCUAGCCAUGCCUCCCAAUGCAGAACGAAAGAAGAUCACACUGACUGUCGGAAACCAGCUGUCCUACAAGAAAAUCUACAAUGUUGUGGGAUACCUGAAAGGAAAAAGGAACCCAGAUCGCUACGUGCUGGUCGGCAGUCGUCAUGACAGCGACCAGGGGGGCGGGGCCUCGGCUAUCAUGAAUCAGCUCAUCGCUGCGCUGACGGAGCAGACCAAACGAGGAUGGGUGCCGGACCGUACCACCGUGUUCUGCUCGUGGGGAGGCUCGGCCCUGGGGAACAUCGGGUCCUAUGAGUGGGGAAAGGAUAACAGCGUCGUGCUGAGGAGCAGCGCCGUGGCCUACGUCAGUCUGAACUCUCCGGUCAGAGGGACGGAGACGCUCAGAGCGACGGCUUCUCCGACGCUGCUGCAGCUCACUUCAGAUAUACAGAGAAGACAGCUGCUGAGCUGCAUUCGAGGUGGAAACUGCCCCGGACCCAACGUCAGCUCUCUGCAGUUGCCCGGAGAUGUGAAUUACUUCGCCAACCAACUGGCUGUGCCCACCAUGGAGUUUGCCUUCGAGCAGACCAAAGCAGAGGAGGCCAGCAGUUUCCUGUCAGAGGCCCAGUUUUCUGCCGAGUUACCGGAGACUCUGGAUCCACUUUUCAAGUUUCAUGAGACCAUUGCGAAGAUGACAGCUGAAGCCAUUCUCCGCCUGGUCAACGACCCCGUGCUGCCGUUCUACCCGCUGGACAUCGCCCUGGAUGUUCAGAACAAACUCAAAGAGAGGAGCAUGGUAUCUCAGCCCCUGCUGUCCUCGGCCUCCUCUCUGAGAGACCACGCAGCUUUCUUCCAGUCAGAAACUAUGCGGCCGGCGAAUGACCCUAAAGAGCGCGACCCCUCCCACGUACGGAUGCUGAACGAUGUACUCCGUGACCUGGAGAAGAGCUUCAUCAUCCCACAGACACCGCCUGGAGUGUUCAGGAACCUGUUAUACAGCCUCCCAGGGAAGACUCCUCAGUUCUCCAUCCUCAGGUUCUCACAGGAAGCCGCCCUGCAUUGCAACGUCACCAGCAGAGUAGUCAAACACAACUCUGCAGAGAAGGAAGUCCUCUGCCACAGCACCAGGAACCAGUCCCUGUCUCUCAUCCUCAGGGCCAUCCGGUCAGCUGAGCGGCUGGUGUGUUUCGGAUUGGACUUGUUUGAAAACUACCCAAGUGACGGAAAAUGAUCCUGGCUGACACAGAACCGGCAGUGAGCUUGAACGCACACAGGGGGCAAAAACUGCCAUCAAUCAAUUCCAUCAUGUUUAAAUCCACUGCAAAUCCUAAAACACAACUGACCCUCUGAGUGACCUCAUCCAAACCCUCAUCUUACUCAACAUACUACAGUCCUGGAACGGUUGAACCUAAACAUUAUUCAACAGACAAAAGAUUGAAGCUCCCACUUUAUUGUAGCAUGUAUCCCCAUGAUUCCACACUGCAGCAAUAACUAACACGUGACCAGUUUAGACAACACACAAUCCAAAAUAUGGUGAGAAUUUUUAAACAUUUGAAUGGUUUUCAUAUCAACGGAUGUACAAACAAAUCUGUUUUGCGGAUCGAUGAAUGUAUAGAAAUUAACUUGUUGCACACUAGCUCUUAAAUAUGCAAAUAAUAUUGAUGCAGUGAGGUCAUUUAAAUUGCACUCUACCCCUUUUCUAGUGAAAGCAAACCAGUAAUAUAAGGCAUAAGCUAAUUUUAGAUUAUUCCUUUUGUGUAAACAGACAUUUGCUCCAUUGCGUAGAAAGCGUUUGUCCAUCCUUUUUCCAGAAAAAGAGGGUUUUGAGGAAACUUAAGCUUGAAUAAAAAAAAAAACUGUUACCUAAUCAAGAAAAUGUAAAAAUCUUUUAGCUCUGUCUCUAUAUGUGAAGCUGUGUUAAGAGAAAGCAAGUGUUUACAUGUUUUUUUUACACUUUAAUUGCACACAAUGAGCGACAGAGGUACACUCAAAAAAAGAUCACGUGUAGGUUCAGAAAAUGUCUGUUUGUGGUGCUACAUGUUUUCACUGUGCUGUGUGCUCAUAAGGGGAAAUUGUAGUAUUUUAGAACCUGGACGUCUGUAACUUCAGAUUCUUUACUGACAUUGUUCAGAUACAGGAAAUUCAAAUUAAUCAACCCAAGGUAUAGUUGGGCAAGCAGCUCUCUAAAACUUUACAAAUAAAACUUUCCAAGUGGUCCAACACAACUUAAUGCUAGCUGGCUAACCAAACAGCUAGCUUAGGUAGCCAGCAAGUCGCCCUGGAAGUAAGUGUUUGAUUGCUAGUGCAGGGGGCCAAUCACUGCUAGAGCCAAUUAUCAUUUGGGCUCAGUUUUAAAUAAUUUAUGUACAAUAUAACUUUAUUUGGAAAGUUUUGGGAGCCUCACAUAACUUGCCAUGAUAUUCUUACUUGUUUUAUCUGGUUUGUUUUAAUAAGUAUCUGGGAAGAACAAACUUUGUCAGCACUCCCAUCUCCCAAACCUUCUUUGUUUGGUUUAGGUGCCAAAACUGCUUGGUUAGAUGUUCAGGAAAAAGAGCAUGGUCUGUCUUCAAGUAAGUGAUGUAAUGUAAGUUCAUGUAUGUAACUUUUGUAACUUUGCAUUAGUUAAAAAACUUUGAGAAACACUGAGAACACAUUACUUGAACUUGGGUCUCCUAGGUAAAAGUCUUAUGUUUUAUUUUGAGCCCUGACACAACAAUGCCAUGGCUGUGAGUGAGUAUACAUGGCCAUAGUCUUUUCAGUGUGUCCCGCACCAUCGGGACGAGUCAGCUUAGGCUAACGUGUUGAAUCAGUCUGUGAUACGGUGACAUAAGGCAACACAACAGUUGUCACUAUUACUUCCUUGAUGUCGGUUUGUCACGUCUGGGCACUUUCCCAUCAUUUAUACCACUACACUAGAGGUGCGCCUCGAGAAAUGACAAUAGAUGUGUACCGGCAGCUGCUGUAUUUUGCAUGCUGAGAUUUAAAACUGGCUGAAAUAUGCAUGAAAAUGGCCAAAGACAUGAGAAUAAGGUUUGAAAAUACUGGAUUUUGCUUUAGACUAAUUUUACCGUAAACUUCUGAUUCCCAGUGAUUCGUACGGGGCCUUGUUAAGCAAUAAGUCUACUUUAAGCUGACCCAACGAUGCCCUUUAGCUGUUCUAUAAUGACUGUAAGCCAUGGCAUUUUAUGGCUCGUUGCUUUUGUUAAAGAGCAAUAACUCACAUUAUAAAACAACAGCAUACAGCUAGUCGAGGAAUCUAAUAAUUUAAGCAAUAAAAAGGUAGCUUUAACGUUUUUCAUUCAGCAGUGUGGUCAAUGAAUAGCAUCUAAAAACUAAAAUAGUUCAGCAGUUUUAGGUGUGUGUUAAUAGAUGACUGUAAUGAAGGUGUCCUAGCGGCACAGACAUGAAACACUCACUCAUCACUGCAGAGACCUGGGUUUACUGCCUCUGGCUUGGCCUGGAGCCCCAUACCACAGCCACAGUCACUGGCAGUGUUAGCAGGUGGGAUGCUGGUAGGGGGGGAUGUCCUUAUUGUUCACACUGGCUUUUCCUGCUGGUAAAACUGGUCCAACACAACAUAGAGGCAGUUGGUGAGGCACCCUUUGUCAGACGCUUGGUAGGUAGUCUUUACAUGACACAGGCCAACAAAGGGGGGGUGGCAAUGACAGAGAUCAAUGACUAAAUAUGGGAGACAAUGGUGGAGGGGGAAGCUGAGGUGAAAGAGGGAUAUGUUUAUACUCAAACAUGAUAUUUGUUACAGUUAUAGAACACAAAACUUUUUGUAAUUAUUAUUUUUUAUUUUUUUAUUAAAUCUCAUCUAAUCUGCAUCAGUUAAUUCUUGACAAAUGUUGCCAUACUUGGCUGCCCAGAAGACUAAGUCCGGCAUUGCAUUCACAACAAUCUGACAGAGCAGAUCCAGCAAAAACACUCCACAAUUUUUAGCAUUAACACAUGAAAUUAAACAGCGGAAUGAGCAUCACAACACAGUAGUUCCAGCUGGGUGUAUUUACAGCCAUUAUGCAGUGUUUGACAAUUGCACUCUAUCUCUACAUGUCACUUUCUCCCAUUCCCUCACUUAACUGUGCUACAUCCAGGAGACUCUUAAUAUUAUAAGUGGCAAGAGCCAGCGUUAUCUUUCUGCCUCCUCGUUUUCUUUAUUCUCCUCACAUUCUCUCCCUAAUUAAUGCCACCAUCCAGAUCUCUCUCAUUGCGCAGCAGUUUGCUCUGACUCAUGACUAGAGAUUUAGGAGUCUGAGGCUGAUGUGCCGACUUUAAUAGCCUACACAAGCUAGAAACCUGAGCAAUAUAUCUUUUUUUGUUACUGCUUAAUAAGUAAUUGUUGGUAUCAAAUGGUAUUCAAAACACAUUAUUAUUGUGAGGACGAGCAAUAGUGUAUGUCGGUUUAUGGAUCUCAAGCUGUAACCAAAUCGCUCAAAUCAGCAGCUCGAGCAGUCCUUUCUAAUUACAGGGAGUCGUGUGAUUCAACAUUUGUAUGAGAACUACUGGUAAAUGGGGCUUCAGGGUAUUUUGUAGUUAGGCAUGAUGUGUACUAGAAUAGUGUAUGUGUGUAAAGAAAUGAGUAGAGCACUAUUUUGUAAAAUGAAAAAUCGAUUUCAUACCUUACUUCUUUGUAAUAGUUUGAAUGUGUCAGACUUUUUUUUUAGCAUGAUCGAAAGGUGGGAGGGCUCGGACUUGGCAGCUGUUAGCUAGUUUCUUAUUAAGUCUGACUUUUGUAGUUUACACACUUUUAAAAAAAAAAAAACUUCUAUCAAGAGUAUUUAAGCAUCUGGAAAGACAAAUGUUUCUUUACUUGCGCGGAUAAUCUGUUUGUUCUAGUAUUUAGUGUUUCCAUGCAUUCUUUAGUCUUAAAAUAAUGGUGUGGUGUUAUUUUUUAAUUAUAUACAUUUCGAUUUGCAGGAAAGAUUUGAUAUGCAGCAUUUUAUAGUUCAAUUAAUAAUUUGUGAUUGUGUCAGUUUGCAAUACUGAUUUUAGAAGAAAAAAAAAGACUUUUCAGGGAACAAAAAUAUAAAUGUUCAUCGCUUUAAAUCAUGUGCCUUUUAUCAGAAAAAAAUGCUUUAAUUCACAAGUUUUAAUGUCAAAUGAAAAACCAAAAAGCUAUUAAGCUCCAAAUUUUUGUUGUUGUAGUGCACUAUUGGAGGUUCUCACCUCUGAGCUGAUGGUCAGCUAUAGAAUUGGAUCAGUUACCCUCCACUGUGUUGUUAUAAUACUGUAAAUGUGCUUCUCCCUAAAACUGUUUACCAUGCGUGUGGACAGCACCCAAAGUGAAUUGUAAUGGUGGCGCAAUUGCAUUCAAAAACGUACCAAACGAAAAAUAACAUUACAUGUGUGUUGGGUUGUUAGCUAGCUACAGCUAACCGAGCUACGGUGUGUGUGUAUUUGCUGCUUUUGGUAAAUGCAGAUGGAAAAAAAACAUUGAAACUUCACAUGAAUAACCCAGCAGAAAAUGUGACAUACUCAGUCUGAAUGCACCUCUUGCACCAGUUGCCAGGUUAACUAUGAAUGACAAAAAUGCUCAGCUAAAGAAAUAAGUCAGUAAGUUAGUAAAGUAAAAGUUAGUAAGUCAACAGCGUAAUGACAAAAUAACAAUGAAUUCAAAUGGUCUAAAAAGCUCAACCUACUUGCAAUAAAUAAAUGUUGGCAAUGUGCAUUUUUUACAAAUCACAGAUAGGACUAACAACUUGGUUUAGGAAAAUAGACCUCAUAUGUAAAUUAUAAUAAAUAAAGAAUAUACAAUCUAAUAGAUGAAAGUAUAAUAACAUAAAAUUACCAACUUAUGGUAUUUGAUAUCCAAGAGAUCAGAGGUUAAAUGCUCCAAAUCCUCGGAACAACAGCUUGACUGUUGUGGGUAGACAUACAACCGUGAUCGACAAUUUUAGUCUAGACAUGUCAACUUGGUACAUAGUCUAAGACAGAUACAAAUGUAGAUGAAUCUGUGCUUUGCCAAAAUGUAAAAUGCCAACAUUGUAUCAUGGUGACUGGACUGAAAAGCCCUGAGGUGCUUUAAAUUGUCAAGACAAGAAAAAAAAAAGAACGAAAAAUCUGUUUAAACUUAUGAAAAGGGCAAAAGUACGAGACUUUUAUAGAAACUGAGCACAUGAACAAGUUAGAGAAAAAGUUGCGUUGUUGAUUGGCCUCUGUAUAAAACUAAUGUGUACUGCGUAUCGUCAGAUUGUUAGACAUACUGUAAAUUAAUGCCGUUACUGUGGUUCAAACUUAACACACUGUAAGCAGCAGCACAAGUCCCAGACAGGUGCUGCUGCUGCUGGUAUCAUGGACAUUAUUCAACCAUAGGAGACUUUGCUGCACAUUAUGUAGCACUGACACAGAGUUAUAUCAUCGUAAAAUGUAUUUCAGAUUCCUAACAUGUUGAUUCCAGUUGGCCGGAUAUGUUACAGUGUAAAAAGUCAGCCUCGCAGCACGAAUCUCUUGCAUCAAUUCUUGCUUUUUUUUUUUUAAUUUCCUAAUUGCAUGUUAACAAACCCACACAGAAUGUCAUGACUUCCUCAUUAUUGUGCUAUGACUUCAUGCUUACAGGUUACACUAGUGUACAUAAAGACAGAGUGGCUCUCAACCUUUCUUUUUUUGUUGUUCUAAAUUUUCCUUCCUAUCGCUUUAGGAUUAAUUAACAACGAGGGGUAAAUUAGAGGGUUCAGGCAUUCACUACUUUACCGUCAGUAAAACAUUACAUUACAUAAAUGUGAUGAUUUGCAGUACAAAAGGCAUUGUUGCACAAGCAGAGCCUAUAGCCUACCUCUUAAGAGGUCUCAAGUCACAUGUUGAAAGAUACUUGACUUGGUUGAACCACGAGCUGCUUACUGUGUACAGUAUUUAUUUCAAAAAAAUGUGGGUUGAAGGUUGAAGUAGGUUGACCUAAUAUGCAAUGUUCAAUAUUUUUUAAUAGAAACUGCUGUAUUGUGGAAUUUGCACAAAAUUGUGAAUGUUAUCUGUGAUGUUAGUGUUUUAAACCCUGGCGUUAGUUUUUCUGAAUUUUACCUUUAAAAAAAAGAAAAAAAAAACUAUAAAAAAUGUCUUAUUUGCAAUUGUUUUACCAAUGUAACUUUUAAAUAAGCUGAAUCAUAUUCCGUUUGGCCUGGUUUCUGUAUGCAUGAUAUUCCAACUUCAGUAGCUUAUGCAGGGAUUUUUCUGGCAUGUGUUUUUUUGUCUGUUGAACCGUUCAAGUCUUGUUGAAUUUUUAUUGCAAUAAAGAACAUUUAAAGCAUCA